GCCGCGCCGCUCUCUUCCGACAGCUGCAGCAGUCGCCGCGGCGCCCGCAGCUCCUCCCUUGGAGCCGAGGGGACGAGCGCGCCUCUCCUCCGCGCCCGGCACCCCCAACCUGUUCCUCGCGCGCAGCCGUGCAUUCGCCGCCCGACAUGGAUUUCCUCCUGGCGCUGGUGCUCGGCUCCUCGCUCUACCUACAGGCGGCCGCCGAGUUCGACGUGAGGUGGCCCAGGCAAAUUGUGUCGUCCAUUGGCCUGUGUCGGUACGGUGGGAGGAUUGACUGCUGCUGGGGCUGGGCCCGCCGGUCCUGGGGACAGUGUCAGCCUUUCUACGUCUUAAGGCAGAGAAUAGCCAGGAUAAGGUGCCAGCUCAAAGCUGUCUGCCAGCCACAGUGCAAACAUGGUGAAUGUAUUGGACCCAACAAGUGCAAGUGCCAUCCUGGAUAUGCUGGAAAAACCUGCAAUCAAGACGAACACUUCUACCCAACUCCUCUUGACCAAGGCAGCGAACAGCCUCUUUUCCAACCCCCGGAUCAUCAAGCCACAAGUUUACCUUCAAGGGAUCUAAAUGAGUGUGGCCUGAAGCCGCGACCCUGCAAGCACAGGUGCAUGAACACUUACGGCAGCUACAAGUGCUACUGUCUGAACGGAUAUAUGCUCAUGCCAGAUGGGUCCUGCUCAAGUGCCCUGACGUGCUCCAUGGCAAACUGUCAGUAUGGCUGUGAUGUUGUCAAAGGACAGAUACGGUGCCAGUGCCCCUCUCCCGGCCUAGAGCUGGCUCCUGAUGGGAGGACCUGUAUGGAUGUUGAUGAAUGUGCCACUGGAAGAGCAUCCUGCCCUAGAUUUAGGCAGUGCGUCAACACUUUCGGGAGUUACAUCUGCAAGUGUCAUAAAGGCUUCGACCUCAUGUAUAUUGCAGGCAAAUACCAGUGUCACGAUAUAGAUGAAUGCUCCCUUGGUCAGUAUCAGUGCAGCCGCUUCGCUCGAUGUUACAACGUGCACGGGUCCUACAAGUGUAAAUGUAAAGAUGGAUACCAGGGUGAUGGCCUGAGUUGUGUGUAUAUUCCAAAAGUCAUGAUUGAACCGUCAGGUCCAAUUCAUGUACCAAAGGGAAAUGGUACCAUUUCAAAGGGUGAUGGAGGACACAGUAAUUGGAUUCCUGAUGUUGGAAGUACUAGGUGGCCUCUGAAGACACCAUAUGUUCCUCCUGUUACCAGUAGGCCCACUUCUAAGCCAACAACAAGACCUACACCAGAGCCAACACCACAGCCUACCCCACCCCCAUUCCCAGACCUCAGAACAUCUCCACCAAUAGUAACCCCGGAAAGACCAAGCACCAGACUAACAACUGUACCGCCAAUUGCCACGACAUCUCCACGAUGGAUUACAGUUGACAACAGGAUACAGACAGAUCCUCAGAAGCCCAGAGGAGAUGUGUUCAUUCCACGACAGCCUUCGAAUGACUUGUUUGAAAUAUUUGAAAUUGAAAGAGGAGUCAGUGCAGACGAUGAAGCAAAGGAUGAUCCAGGUGUUCUGAUACACAGUUGUAAUUUUGACCAUGGGCUUUGUGGAUGGAUCAGAGAAAAAGACAGUGACUUGCACUGGGAACCGGUUAGAGAUCCAGCAGGUGGACAAUAUCUGACAGUCUCGGGAGCCAAAGGCCCAGGGGGAAAAGCCGCUCGCUUGGUGCUACCUCUCGGCCACCUCAUGCAUUCAGGGGACCUGUGCCUGUCGUUCAGGCACAAGGUGACUGGGCUGCACUCCGGCGCACUCCAGGUGUUUGUGAGAAAACACGGUGCCCACGGAGCAGCCCUGUGGGGAAGAAAUGGUGGCCAUGGCUGGAGGCACACACAGAUCACCUUGCGAGGGGCUGACGUCAAGAGCGUCAUCUUCAGAGGUGAAAAAAGGCGUGGCCACACUGGGGAGAUUGGAUUGGAUGAUGUGAGCCUGAGAAAAGGCCACUGCUCUGAAGAACGCGAGCAACUCCCGAACUAGCACUGAACUCUCCCUGUUGCUCUUUUCUUUUUCCAAUCUUCACCUCCUGCCCUCCCCUCCCUCUUAUCAGGCCUAGGAGAAGAAUAGGUCAGUGGGUCAAGAGAAAGUCUGGUGGGUGACCCACACCUUGCUGGCCUGCUUUUGUGCAAUUCCAAUGAACAGUGACACCCUCCUUGGGAUAUAGGGGGGCAUCUGUAGAUACGUCCACGCCAGCUUUCGGUGUUACCUUCCAUCCUGUGUGUCUUUCAGGAAGGCCCCCGGCAUGUGACCUGUGCCAUCCUUCCUCCUGGUCACAAGGUGUUCCUAGUUGCAAACCAUGGGAGAAGAUUGCAAAAGAAAUCUGUGCAAAUGGCCAUUCUGUUAUGUGUUCAGUGUUGUACCACGAGUAGUAUUGACUUCCCCUAAGAUAAUGUUGUUGUACAAUGUGCCUGUGAAAUUGGUUUCUCCCCUUCACAUGUUAGCUCUGGCCUGACCUGAACUCUGGCUUUUACUGCCAUUCACUUUAUAAAAGAAGGGUGUGUAACGUAUCAAGAUGCAUUUAUUCUCGUUAAUCUGUAUUUUUCUCUUGAAGACAUUACGUAGAGUGGGCACGUCCCUCGUUAGUAGUAUUGUGUUUUGUGUAAAUGUGCUAUUGAUAUUAAGUAGUUACGUGUUCCUAAUAUAUACAGACUCUAGUUGCAAGGGAAAAGGCAGCUUGUGAGCUCUUGAAUUAAAAAAUACCCGGUGAAAUGUCA